GGGCAUAUCUUAUCAUUUAUAUUAGAUACGGUCCAGUACAAACGCAUUAUAUUUCUUGAGACGGAAUUUCAUAAAAUAUCCAGUAUGGUGUAUCGCGGAGAAAAUGUGCUAGUAAUAGAGUCAAAAUGUCAGGACGGAUGCAGAGUACUGUUAAAUCGGGAGGACUUUAUUAAGCUUCAAUAUCUUGAAUGUAGUAUUUUUGAAAGUAUUGUACGGAAAGAAGUAAACACUGCUCCAUUAAUUACAAGACAGUUCGACGAUUUUGCAAUGUAUCUACAUGAGAAAUCUGCUCACCUUAAAUCACCACCGAAAAAUUUAGAAGAGAUGUUAAUAUUCAUUAAAAACGUACAAGACGAUCGAACGGAGAUAAUUUACCCAAACAUGAUCGGUCAAAUACAAAUGUAUGCAACCGUACAACUAGCUGAAACUGUGUUACAACAGUUGGCGCAUGAGUUACAAAAUGUUGAAAUGGAUACACCAAGCUAUUCGCCGGUCAGCAAUAUAUUCAGCAUGCACGACGUUUCAUCUGCACGUGAUGGAUUUAAUCAGCCUAAGGAUGAUAUUUUAGCUAAGGUAAUUUAUAUAUAAACAUAUUU